AUGACUCCACCACCGCCACCGCCUCCGCCCGGACCCGGAGCCACAGCUUCUAUUGCUCCAACAUCACCCAACGGUCCAGCAGCUGCCGCGGCGGGAGCGCCGAAAGUCAUCAGCAACGGUGGAGCUCCAGCGAUCGCCGACCAUAACGAUCAGCUGAUGGCUGCCAUUCGUAAUGGGAUCAGCUUGAAACCGGCCAAAACUAACGACCGUAGUACGCCGGCGUUCAUCAAACAAGCAAACGGUGUACUCGAUGAUAAUGAUGAUACUACGUCGUCGGUUAGCUACGACAAAUCUACCUCCAUAGAUGAGAUGAAGGAUGCGCUACAGGCCGAGCUGCGCAAUACGCUCAAGCGAAAGAUCAAGAAACAAGACCUGGAGGAAGGCGACGGUAGGAAGAAUGAAGAAAUCGAGCGUUCCAUUGAACAUACGCGCAAUGAGGUACAGCUUAAACUAAACGGAUCAUCACCAACGCCCAAUACGCCCAAGGUUGAAAAUCCACUGAAAACCAUUGUUGAUAUUGUCGAUAAGGAGCGGGGUGUAGUGGUCGCUGCUACCAAACAGGCCAGUCCUGUGAUGACACAGAAAAAACCUGCUUCGGUACCAUCAACUCCAACAGUCCAACCAAUUUUUAAUGGUACCUCCACACUCCGUAAGGUAUCGGCAGGCCAAUACCCUAAUCAAAAUGGAACUACCACAGUCAUUCAAAUUAAUCCUUCAACGCGCAACAAUACAACGCCAGUAGUCCCGACAGCGAUCACGAAAACUAGCGUGCCGUUGAAUGCCUCGCCGGUGCUUGGUACUAACACCACGAAAGCAACCAAUGGUGCUGUAGGGCUUAAAAGUCCAACGUCUGUCCAAGUGGGCAAAGUGAUCUCAAACGGAUCUUCGACUAUUCCAAAAGGUUCUACCCUAGCAUCGAGUGUACCUUCCAAAGUUAAUGCUAGUCAAACGGUUUCUUCGGCAAAGGCAAUGCCUGAACGUACUAACACGGUAUCAGCUAGUACUGUUAAAGUGGCGAAUGGAAGCCUUCCUUCAGGUGGUGUUGUUUCCAAUGCGAACGGGACCGCAUUCAAAAAUAAUAGCUUCCAAUCGAAGUUACCUCCAACAAGUCCGGCAAACGACUCAAACAAAACUAAAGGAGGAAUUUCUUAUUCGAACACCCUCCCUAGGGCAAAUGGGAUAUCUUCCACCAAGGCCCUAUCCAAUACGUCGACAGGAGCUAUUCCAGCCACGUACACUAGCUCCGUGAAAGUGACGAUUGGCAGUUUUGGAGAUAGUGUGCGUUCUACUUCCAACACAGCAGCCAGUCCUGUAUCACGGAACGGUACCCACACCAAAUUCGAACCGCUUACAAUCGACACAUCUUCCAAUGGAGGUUCCACUAACGGCACCUCGUCACCGACAACUCCCAAGGAAUUGCUCUCACCCCAAGUAAGAAGUGGGGCAGCAUCCAUACGACCCUCCCAGAUUCGAACGCUAACAAAGUCGGGUAGUGUUGUUAGCCACACAGAUAUCCUGGAAACAUCGAAACCAGUCACAAAGUUACCGGUUACGUUGGUUGAACCUGCACCAGUACUUACCGCCGCCGCUGCCGUGUCACCACCUCCGAAGGCAUCUGUCAAUACUGCACCACUUCCAACGCCGCCCGCUAAAGAGCGUACACCACUCUUCGAAAAGGCAAACAAAGAUGCACCGAAGAGCCCAAUGAACCGAUGGGCAGAAAGUGGUUCAAUUUCCGGUGGAACUGCACGCAAACUGCUGCUCACACACGGUCGACCGAACUUCACGAUUAAGCGUUCGAACUCACGGCAGGGUUUCGAUGUGGACGAACCGGACAUGAAGGGUGAAUACGUUAAACCCGUGUUUCGCAUUCUAACUGAUUUGGAGAAGAUGGAACAGCAGGAUGACAAUAGUCGCCGUCAGCAGCAGCAGCAGCAGGCAAGUCAGGUUGUGGCAAGUCAACCACAACAAACGUACGUUUCCUUUGCGAAAGAUCUCUCCAACGCACCGAACAAUCAUCCAGAUUUGGUCGCUGUGACUAAACCGAGCACCAGCUCCAAUGUUCCAUCGGAUCCAUUCCUAGCAAACCUGAAGGACAUUAAGAUUGACAUUAGCGAGAUGAAGAUAGUUAACGCGAAGAAUGCAUAG